UGCAGCCGUUUGGUCUCAAGACCCGCGGCAGGGAGCAGCCCGGCUGCCUCCCGCCACCGCUCCCGCGACCCGGACGGCGCCGCCCUGCGGGCGUCGGCGCCGCCCAGGCGCCUUGCUGUGCGCCCGGCGCUCCCCGCGCCCAGCCUGGGCUUCGGCUCCCAGCGCAUGGACAUCUCGUAUUGCCGGAGUUGAGGAAAGGUCCUACGCAGAGCCCGCAGCGCCUGUGCCUUCCUGCCCACCCCCGCCGAUGCCCAGCAGCCCCAAGACCACGCACGGCGUCAACAUCUAUGCGACUAGGGCGGCAUUGUCCGCAGGCAUCAGCACCGAGGCGGACAGCCACGGUCGUCAAGUCCCUGGCACACCUUCGUUUCCGAAAUGCGAUCCGACGCCGGGUUUCGGCCAGGAGUUGUCCAUGCGUCUAGAAAAGAUCGACAGCAAGCUCGAGUGGCUCACCUCUCGCGUCAAGAUCAACGGGGUUGCAGCCAUCCACCUCGACAGCUUUGCCGGUGGCCCCAGCCUUGGCUGCAGCGCUUUCGACGCACUGGCGCCAGGCACGGACACGGCCCAGACGACGAAGACUCUCCGCAAAGUGGCAGACGCAGACGAAGUAAUCAACAUAGAGCCUCCAUCAGCGGUCACAGCGCUGGCGCGGGCCUUCUCUAGGCGCGACAGUUGCGAGUCAGGGUUGAGCAACGGGAGCCUAACACCAGGUCAACAGCAGCUCGACAUCAACAGGGUGGAAAGUGUGACUUUCACUGGUUCGUUCAGCUCUCCCCGUCGUGGAGCAUCGAGGAGCCACAGGAGCCUGUCACCAGACCGACGGCAUCGUGGCAUCAGCAGGUCGACAACGCACAUGGGCGCGUCAGACUCCUCCGGCGUUGAAGCCCCGAGGAGGAGCGACCGCGGCAACUCGCCAUCUCGACGGAAGCUUGACAUCGGGUUGGCGCCACCCGAGCGACAGCUGUCGCCAGAGCAGCCGACACGACUGAGCGUCGCGAGCGCCAUGAGCGCGCUGAACUCCCCCCGUCUCGACGUCGACGCGGCAGUCACGAGAGGCAUAUCGCACGCGAGCCACAGGAGCUCAGCGGUGUCCCGGCGCCGAGGGUCGAUGAUGAGCGCGGUGGACGGUGGCCCGCUCAUUCCCAACAUGAGCCCAAAGAGUCCGAAGCCGGUCCGGCCCUGGGCGUCCCCGGAUGUGCCUGGCCCUGGUCGGCUGCCGGCUUCCCGGCGUGCGCCCGAGCUGAGCGUCGUCAAGGAGAAGUCGAGGAAGUCCUUCCUGGUCAGGAGGAUGCUCGAGAAGUCCCAGAGCAAGGAUAUCGAGAAGGUGAACGUGCGUUUCCAGUCGCUUCCGCGAGCGCUGAGGGACAGCCGCAGCUCCACCGUGGACUACGUCCACACGGUCUUAGAUGACCCCACGUCAGGCAGAGUGGCGUGGUGGACUGCCAAGUGCUUGGAAGCUGUUGUGCUCAUCAGUGUGCUGGCCACCUUCCUGCAGACUGUUGAAGAUCCGCCCCUGCACGGGUGGUCAGCUGCCAUCGUCGAGACGACUUUCGACAUCGUAUUUCUGGUGGAGGUCGUUACUCGCUGGGUCUGUGCCCCGGUCUGGGUGAAUUUUUUCUUUAUCCCCAACUCGUGGAUCGAUCUUUUAGCCGCGAGUGCGAUCGUGGUGCGGGCAGCUGUUGGCUUCGUGCUCCCAGAAAGCCAGGACGAUGCAAUUUCAGUCAUGCUGCUGUGCUUCGUGCCCAUCAUUCGGCUGUUAAAGAUUUUACGAAACUUUGAGACCUUCAACGUGCUCAUCCAGGCUCUCAAGAUCACGAUGGAGGCCCUUCCGAUGCUACUGUACUCUGUGGCCCUGAUAACCAUGACGUUCGCCACCCUCAUCUACCUCGUUGAACCAGAGAUAUUCGAAUCGCCGUUUCGAGCUGUCUGGUUCUGUCUUGUGACCGUGACCACAGUCGGUUAUGGGGAUUAUUCCCCCGUUACAACGGCGGGAACCACAAUCGUCAUGGUCUUGAUUGUUAUGGGGGUCAUAGUGAUGGCCGCUCCUAUCGGAAUCAUCGGAAGCACGUUCAACCAAGUGUGGAACGCGAGGGACUACUCCUUGUUACUCUCGAAGACUCGGAAGAAGGUGCACCAGUGGGGCUACACAGCCGAUGACAUUCACGCUUUGUUCAAGGCGGCAGGGCAUUCUGACGAUACUGGAGUGCUCGAGCUCGACGAUUUCUGCGAGCUCGUGAAGGAGAUGAAGAUAGGGCUUUCCGAGGAUCGGGUCAUUGCUCUAUUUCAUCAUAUGGACAAACAAGGCAGUGGCGCCCUGGACGCGGCUGAGUUUGCGCGUGCCAUCUUUCCAGGCGCGCGCUUCGACUACAUGUGCGAAGAGGAGCGACCAAGGCCGUUCUUUCAGCGGCAGAAUAGUCCCGAGAUCAUGCAGCGGCAGUCCAGCAGAAACGAGAGCUUACAGCAGCAGAGCAGUUGCAGAAGCAUUCGGCGACAGAGCAGCGGCAAGAGCUUGCUGCGGCUGAACGGAGGCCCCUUCAGUAGGAGCAACACUUCAGUUAUCAGUGGCAACACUUUUCUAGGCUGACCGCUGGCCUGCCCUUUGGCGUAGCUGCAUGGCUGUCUUUUUAGCCGCUGGGGGCUGCCCUGAGCUCUUCUUCCCUGCUUCUUGCUUUUCUGCCCCCACCGCCCCCUGUCGUGCUAUCACUUGCUACAGACAUGUGCUUUUUUCUUGUUGAUACUAUGCGGUUAUUUGAAACUGCAGUGCUCCCGGACAGAAGACUUGUCACAUGUGGAAAUCCGCAUCUCCUGGCAUGUUUCGGAUAUGUCCGCAUCGCUUCGCAGUCGUGCUUCUGCUUGAAUUUGGCACGUUUAGGCGAUGCUCGCGCGCCACUUGCCUCACAUCACGUGCUAACAGCCUUCUCCUACUCAUCUCCCCCCUCGCUCGCCGCCGAGUAACCAGCACGAUCUCGGUGGGGGUGCGGCUGGCAUCCGAUUGUGGUUCUGGCCCGUCGGAGCAGUGAGGCGGACCCCUGCUGUGCUGGUCGUGUUGGCGCCCCCCUGCGCGGUGCCGCGUAAAGGGCACGUUCACGAAUAGUCUCCUCAUUUUCUUGCAUGCGCAGUUUGGGUUGAAGGACGCGUGCAGCCAGCGCGGCCGGCGCAUCCAAUCAGAGAUUUGGGCGGCGUCUGAGCAGCGCCGGUGUUUUCGUAGCCGAUCUUUCAAUCAUUGUUUGGCCGAUGGGCGCGGGCCCCCGCUCCUCUUCCCCUCUCCCACAUCGACCAGAUCAUUUGGCUGCUUUUGGCGGCUGCGUUUGUCGACCGGUGAGGGCCCCCCCUCCCCCCAGACUGCUUGCGCGACUGGUAGAAGCAGAUCGAUUGAGCACUGGCCCAGAGCCAGCCUUCACCCCCCCACCCUUCGGACACAAGUCGAGACCCAUGACCCAGAACAAGAAGCGCCUACCUGAGCAGCGCUGGUGCCCUUUGCCAGCGCAUUGCCGUCGUCACAUCUCGCCCGCGACGAGAAAAUCUCCGCAGGGCCCAGCCGCUCGUUGCGUUUCUGUGGCGCCUCGGUGGCCCGCGCGCGUGCAGCCCAGUUCCCUGCUGCUCAGGAGGGGAAAAAUGACACAGACACAAAUAACCGGAUGGGCGGCGGAGCUCGCUGGCAGGGCACGCAUGACCGCCCGAGGAGCUCUUGUCGGAGCGCUGUCUAGGCGAGAGGCCAGGGUUUCGCUGCGGGAGCUGAUUUCCGAUGGCAGUCGGAUUCUCGCCGAAUCCUAGUUCUCGGCCCAUACGGGGUUCCAACAGCACUGUCAUCCCAGCAGAAGGGCUGGUUUUCCAGGUGCAGCUUGUGUCUGUCCCGCUAGAGGCGGCUGUGCUCGUCGUCGACGCGCUUGGCGCGCACGAGGCGCCACCGCUCCAAGAUGCGGGCUCGGACUGCUAAGUCGUUGCGCCGACUCGGUGCUCGGUGAGUCGGAUAAUCACGUAGUCACUUCUCGCUGUCGUAAGGCGCCGCCUACGGAGCUCGUGUGAAGGAUGGCCGUAUCGAGCAAUGCAAGCGGUCUUUCGGCCGAAAUGGCUGCUGCCACACGCAGGCACGCAUACAGUAGACACACAGCCGCAGAGGUAGUUGAGCGCACAGACGCACGGGCACAGAGACACAGCGACACACGGCC